AUGUCACUUAAUCCGCCAUCGGCAAUAAAAAUUUCGCGACACCUCAUCCCGGCAUGGCGCUCAAUCCCCAAUACAUCAAUCCAGAACAAACCCUUACUCAUAUACCAUUCCGCCUUUGAAAGGGACGUCUCCGCAUCCCAGGUUUCCAAUUACCUGAAGAAAGUAAACGUUGUGGUUCCACAAUGGCAGUACUCCAUGUACAAGCAGAGUCAUUUCCACUCAACAACCCAUGAAGUCCUUGCCGUCGUCUCGGGACGGGCUCGAUUAUGUUUUGGCGGAGAAGAUAAUCCCGAACGGGUUGAGCCCGUGGUUGAAGCUGGAGAUGUGAUGAUUGUACCGGCUGGUGUAGCGCAUCGCUUGUUGGAGGAUCAAAGUGGUGGGUUUACUAUGGUCGGUUCGUAUCCCAAGGGGAAGAAUUGGGAUAUGUGUUAUGGUGCUGGAGAUGAGAAUGAAGAUGGGAUCAGAAACACCAUCUCGAAAUUGGAUUGGUUCGAUCAAGAUCCGAUAUAUGGCCAUGAUGGACCGGCCGUUCAGAAAAAGCUCGCAAAAAUCAAACAACUUCCGAUGCUCUGA